ACCGGGUCCUCGCCGUAACGGCUCCUUUCUCUCCCUUUCCGCUGUCAUAGUCCCCUUCGGCUUAGUUACCUGGUAAGGCUCUCCGCACCAGCCACACCAGAGUUUUGCAGGCAACAUUGCCAACGCUUCUUUGCAUUGAGGACCCAACAGAUGAAGCAACUCGCUGCCCUUCCGACCCAUCAUGUCUUCCUUAGUUCUUUCACCAACCCGCUUCUGCCUCCGAGCUCCGGAGCGCCGAGCCUCGGUGGGUGGGGCGCAGUACCCAGCCGGGCCCGGCCGCUCGCGAACCCACAUCGGGACUUCGCAUCUACACUAAAUGCACCGCGCCGCGGCUGCAACCCGGCUCCGGCAAGACGCGGCUUUGUAGCGGAACCUGUGGGAAGUGGGAAAGUGAGGGUCACACUCGGCGACGAGCCCGAGUUCGUUGUCGACCCGCACGGCCUGUUUAAGGUCAAGCCUGGUGUUGAAUGAGGGGUGAGCCUGUGGGGAAGGGGCUGGGUUGAAAUGCCCUCCUUGCCUAAGCUCAAUAAAAGCAUGGGAUCUUGAGUCACGGCAACCGGAAACUCACAUAUCAUUUUGCCUGGUUCUCCAAAGCAACGAGACGACUUUGAGGCGGCCGGGGGCGACGACGCCGAGAACAGAUUGGAAUGAUGCUCUUGUCAUAUAGAACUGCAUGUACCGGCACAAUACUAAAUGGGAAUGCUCGAUCCACCUUGUGGCCAGUACUUAGUCGAACAGAUAGGAAGAGAACUGCUCCUUCGCCUC